GCCACUGGAGGAGUGACGCCAAAUGGAUACUGUGGUGCGACUGGCAAUGGCACUUUCUGCGCUUCUCCAUUUGGAGGUUGCUGCAGUCGGUACGAUGCCUGCGGUAAUGACAACGAGUACUGCGGACCCGGAUGCCAAUCGCAGUACGGAAUUUGU